AUGUGCCACAUGUGGUUAGAUGAAGGAUUUCGGGGGUUUUAUGUUUUAGCGCUGUCGCAGGAUUGGCUUUCGCAGAAGAUGCAGCUCAAAUCUCCCGAGCAUCUUCUCACCUUGCUAUCCUUCGUGGUUGGUAGUGCGGCUGGUGCGGCGACCUCUUGGCGUGACAUGGAGAAGCGACAAUUUCAGACUGAUGCUGUCUGUGAUACCUCCUACGUAUGGGCAUCUAAUUCGAAGCAGCAAACUCCUUGCAUUGUCGCUGCGUACGUCAAUGGAGCUUGCGGGACGAAUACCUACAAGGUCACGAAGCUUACUGAUGGCAAUCGCUACAAUGCACCGAACGCAACGAAUGCGAAUCCAUGUAGCUGCUCUUGGGCUUCUUACAACCUGCUGAGCGCAUGCACGGCUUGUCAAAACAUGGCCCAGUCGAUUCCAACAUGGGAUGCUUGGGUAUAUCAGUGUUCGAGUUAUCUCAGCAACUCAUAUUUCCCCGCCGACAUUACCUUAGCAUCAGGCACCUCAAUUCCUUUCUACGCGGGUACAAAUCCUGAAUCAUGGCCUAAUCACCAGUUUGAUCCUGUUCAGGCGAAGGCGAUAGCGGCUGAGAACAACGGAGAUCUGUCCCCGAAUGAGGAGACUCAAUCUUCCUCAAGCACGCCGAUCGGACCUAUUGUUGGCGGUGUGGUGGGUGGGCUUGCCAUUGUCGUGAUAGCAAUUGUGGUGGUGGUGUGGCUUACUCGCCGCCGCCGACAACGCGAGAAGGCCGCCCAGCAAGGCCCACAAUUUGAUCCAACGCCUACCCCAUUCCACACCACGGGCAAUACGCUUGCACCGCCCCUUCAUCUCCGGAACCUAUCCGAUAUGUCCCAAAAGACCCUCGGCAGCACCACAUACAUGUCGACAUUCUCCCCCUCGUCUCCGACUUCCCCGAGCGUGAUAAUGACACACGUCUCUGCACCCAGCACGCAAUACGCCAACUCGGAGAGCGGCUUCACGGAAUUCGGCCUAGUUCACCCUCCUUCUAUCUACUCCUCUCCUUCGCCGCCUCCUUUGCCAACCAACAACUCUGGUGGCAUAGGUCAUGAACACAUCAUUGAGCCAUAUCGUCUUGUUUCCUCAGUCAACUCCCACGGCAGAACCGAAUCCCGCACAAACGAGAAAGGUGGAAUGGAGGGGGGUUACCCUAUCUACGACAAUCCUUCGUCGCCGCCUGGCAUUCCGCCUAUUGAUCUGACGGAAGCAGUGAACACGAAUACCAGCCCUGGACGACGUCGGAUGAAUCCGCCUGCUUACUCUCCGCCGCAGCCGGCCUCACCCCAGAUGUUAGCGCAAGCAGCCCCUAUCGGUACGCAAUCAGGACCAAGCGAAGGGCCGAGUGCGUGGACUACGGCGAGUCCGAUGAUAGAUGGCAAAGGGCGACGUGUACAGGGUUCAAUCUCACGGUCGCAACGCGAGUAUGAUCCAUCCGUCAUGUCACCAAGUCCGACGGUCGUUACGGGCAGCGGCAUUUACGCCGAGGAACCCGAUGACUCUGUCGUCCACGGCGCUAUUGGAUCCCAGUACGCCGAUCGCGACUCGCCGACUACGCCAGGUGGGCAAACAGUAGCGACAGGAGCCAGCGACUUUGUGUAUUCUACUCCCUCACGCAAAGGGCGUAACUGA